AAGGGAUUUAGGAGAGGCGGAGAAAGCAGAUGGAGGAAGUAGUGGAGUUUUUGCAACUGGGAGAAAGGUGCUAAUCUCCUGCUGCUUGAUUGCUUUUGGGGAACCUCUGCUGCAAACAGUAAGAAUGGCUUCUAGUCCAAGUGUACUUAUGCAUCUUGUGGCCUCUGCAUAUUCUGUUGCUAAUAAAGCAGGAGUAAUUGUCCGGAAAGUGAUGGCUGGAGGAGAUCUGGGCAUAGUAGAGAAGAGUGGAGCUAAUGACCUGCAGACCAAAGCUGACCGACUGGUUCAGAUGAGCAUCUGUUCCUCUUUGGCACGAAAAUUUCCUAAGCUGACAAUCAUUGGAGAAGAGGAUCUUCCUUCCGAAGAAGUAGAUGAACAGUUACUUGAGGAUGGCCAAUGUGAAGAAAUACUGAAGAAAGCCUGCCCACAGCAGUACACUGCCAUCAAAGAGGAAGAGCUCGUUGUAUGGGUUGACCCUCUGGAUGGAACCAAAGAAUAUACUGAAGGACUUCUUGACCAUGUCACAGUUCUUAUUGGAAUUGCUUAUGAAGGAAAAGCUAUUGCAGGAGUCAUUAACCAACCCUACUAUAACUAUGAGGCAGGAGCAGAUGCAGUCUUAGGCAGGACAAUCUGGGGAGUCCUGGGCCUGGGUGCCUUUGGAUUUCAGCUGAAGGAGGUGCCGGCUGGAAAGCAUAUCAUCACCACGACACGAUCACACAGCAGCAAGCUAGUCAAUGACUGCAUUAGUGCAAUUAACCCCGACAGUGUGGUGAGAGUAGGAGGUGCAGGUAAUAAGAUCAUUCAACUUGUAGAAGGCAAGGCUUCUGCUUAUGUAUUUGCCAGCCCUGGGUGCAAGAAGUGGGAUACAUGUGCACCGGAAGCUAUUUUGCACGCAGUAGGAGGCAAACUGACUGAUAUUCAUGGGAAUUUCUUUCAGUAUAACAAAGAGGUCAAGCACAUGAAUUCAGCGGGUGUCCUUGCUGCCUUGAGAAACUAUGACUAUUAUGCCUCUCGAGUUCCUGACACAGUUAAGCAGGCCCUUGUACCCUAAAAUACAUUCCACUUGGAUAAGAAAACUCAUCGACAUGUCAUAUUAUUCUUAGCUGGAAUUGAUAAUGAUUUGUGGAAUUGGAUCAAAGUGUCAUUGUGUUACAUUUUUUUUACAAUUGUGUCAGUAAUUUACUAGUCCAGAUGAGAAUUAAAUUUAGUUUUCAAUUGGAACGGAAGAAUAAUUGAAUUAAUAGAAUUCUUAUCAAACUAAUUUUCUAUUCCCAUUGAAAACUAAAGAUUUGGAAGGUCUUUUUAAAAAGUUGUCCUUCUCCAUUAGCAUGUUUAUGAUUAUUAUUUUAUAAACAUUCCAACACAAUAAAGCAACCAUGUUAUAAAUCUAGGGAAGCAUAAAACCUAUUACUGAAUGAUUGUUAUGUUUACAGUACUAAAAUGUUUAAGUGUGCAUCACACAGUGGCUGGUGUGACUUUGGGAUUCUGCUACUGAUGUCAUUGCUUGGGUGUACUCAUCUUGAAAGGGUACCAGAUAUGUAUCUGAUGUUGGAAAUUUUUUUUUAUUCUAUGUAUACACACAAUUUCCAGACAGGUAGUUGUGCUGUUAAUACACUAUAUCUGAAAUACCAUUCAUGGAUAAACACCUCAUUCCAACAUAUGGGUGGGUGGGUUGCUUCCUGCUGAAGAAAAUUAAUUAGUCUUUAAAGUAUCACAAGACUCCUUGUUCCUACAAAUCUGAACUAUGAAUAAAAUGCAAUUGAAAAGUAUACAAUCCCAUAUUCUACAAGAGCACUUUGGUCACAAAUCUAUUCUUAUGGUCCGUAAAAACUCCAUGUUGCACAGAGAAUGAGUGGUUACUUUUUUGUGUCUUUCUCACUCAUAUACAUAGCUUGAGAUGAGAGUUCAUGUUUAAAUCACUUUAUUAUGAUACCCACAUAACAAAACUAUUGUCUGAUCUUGCUUUCUACUCUGAUGGUUAGCCCUGCCUUAAGCCCUAUUAUUUGUAAUGGAUGUAUAUGAUAAACCACUGGUUUUUGAUGGCCAGGAGCUCUUCUCUCAAGUUGGUCAACACGUCAUUGACAGUUGUGCCCCAAACCUCUUCUAAAAUUCCUUAACUUUGCCAGAUUUAUUAUGUACACUAGAGUUCUUUGCAUUAUAUGUCACCGUGGAACACUUCCUAUAAGAUCUUCCUAUAAGAUUGUUUUCUAUAUGAUAUCAUAUUGAAAUUGUAUGGUUCUCCUUUCCUUCUGAAAUAUAUCUCUUACAAUAAAACUAAACCAAAUCAAAACCA